GCACCUUGCAACUUCCCUGCUGCUGUGCUGACGAUUUACGAUGUGGAUUCUCGAUCAACUGGCGCGUCUACUGGACCGCCCCUUCUUCCCAUGGAAGAACGUACUCGUCGGCUUUUCUUUAGGCCAGUUCAUUCUUGAGGGGAUUCUCUCGUUCCGUCAGUAUAAGGUUCUCCAGCGAACCAAGGCCCCUAAGGUGCUUGAAGGCGAAGUGUCUCAAAAGGUUUAUGAUCAGAGCCAAGCGUACGGUCGCGCAAAGGCAAAAUUUGGUUUCAUCUCUGGGUUAUAUGGUCAAAUUCAGAAUCUCGCAUUCAUCUACGGCGAUGUCCUCCCCAAGCUAUGGGGACUCAGCGGCUUUUUGUUGGCGCAAUACCUCCCAGCUCGGUUCCAGGGCGAAAUACCCCAGACUCUCCUGUUUCUUUUUGGAUUUAACCUUAUAAGUACUGUUCUCUCCCUCCCGAUCUCCUACUACAACACAUUCGUGCUUGAGGAGAAAUUUGGCUUUAACAAGCAGACGGUUAAGCUAUGGGUAUCCGACAUGCUUAAGGGCCAGAUGUUGGGUAUUGUUCUGGGCGCGCCCAUCAUUAGCGCCGUUCUGAAGAUUGUCCAGAAGACUGGGACUUCAUGCUUUUACUACCUUUGGCUUUUUGGUGUCUUUGUUCAGGUUUUCGCCAUCACCAUCUACCCUAUCGCCAUUUUGCCUUUGUUUAACAAGCUUUCCCCUCUUGAACCUGGUGCGAUCAAGACUGGCGUUGAGAAUCUUGCCAAGAAGCUCAACUUCCCGCUCCAGGAACUCCAUGUGAUCGAUGGUAGCAAGCGCAGCGCACACAGCAAUGCUUAUUUUUACGGUCUCCCUUGGAAGAAGCACAUUGUCAUUUAUGAUACCUUGAUUGAGAAGAGUGAGCCUGAGGAGGUUGUCGCUGUAUUGAGCCACGAGUUGGGCCACUGGAGCCUCAGCCACACUACGAAGCUCUUCGGCAUCGCUCAAUUCCACAUGUUCUAUAUCUUUGCUCUCUUCUCGGCGUUCGUGAAUAACAGAUCACUCUACCAGUCGUUCGGCUUCCACACUGAACAGCCUAUUAUGAUUGGAUUCCUCCUCUUCUCUGACGCCCUCGCGCCUAUGGAUGCUGUCGUUAAACUUCUGAUGAAUAUCCUUAGUCGCAAAUUUGAAUUUGAAGCGGAUGCAUUUGCAGUCAACCUCGGAUACUCGGAGGAGCUCUCCCAGUCCCUUCUCAAGCUCCAGAUCCAGAACCUGAGCACUAUGGAUGCGGACUGGAUGUACGCCAGCUACCACUACUCUCAUCCCAUCCUUCCUGAGAGACUCAAGGCUCUAGGCUGGAAGGGCAGAAAAGUUACAGACCACAAGGAGGAAGACAGUGAAAAGCCUGUCAAGGCUGCCGACCGUGAACUCUAAGCAGUAUUCCUCAGAAUCGACACUUUUGUCAUAGCUUUAGCUUAUUUCAUCUAUGCUUCGACGAUUGUACAGAGAAAGCCGAUUUUCAUACCCAGUUUCUCGGUUCGCCAAACCGAAUCAAGAGUUAAAGGAACAUUGUUAGAUUAU